AUGGCAAAAAUCAUUUUGAGACACCUCAUAGAGACUCCUGUGCGGUAUCAGGAGGAGUUUGAAGCUCGAGGUUUGGAAGACUGCAGGCUGGACCACGCUUUAUAUGCACUGCCAGGGCCAACCACCGUGGACCUGAGCAAAGCCAGGGGGCCCCGGGCUUCUGCCGUGGACUCGGAUGGGGAGAGGCUGCCCUCCAAGGGCAAAUCCCGCUUCCAGAUCCUGCUGGACGUGGUCCAGUUCCUCCCUGAAGAUAUCAUCAUUCAGACCUUUGAAGGCUGGCUGCUGAUCAAGGCUCAACAUGCGACUAGAAUGGACGAGCAUGGAUUCAUCUCCAGAAGCUUCACCCGACAGUAUAAACUGCCAGAGGGUAUUGAAACCAAGGAUUUGUCUGCUUUCUUCUGCCAUGAUGGGAUUCUAGCUGUGGAAGUCAAGGAGCCUGGAGAGGCGCAGUAAAAUGUGGCUAGAGGAUUGCUGUGAAGACAGAGUGCAGCCAGUAGCACCCCAGAUCCUGAGUAUUAUUGCCCAUAUUGGAAAUGAUUUUUUUAUGAAGAUUAAAAAAUACAGCCCAAGUGCCCGGUAUGUGGAGGUGGUCUUUGUCA